AUAAAUCAGACCGAGCUUACUAAUUCAUCCAUGACGACAAACGUUGUCGGCCAAAGCAGCCGACAAAAUUCUAACCCAAUUCAAACUUCAUCAUUACACUCCCGAUUGAAAUUCCUUUCAGCCGGAGCUGUUGCUGCAAGGGAAAUCAACAGCGACGAUGGCGAUGCUCCUGCCAUCCCUUCUUCUUGUUCUUUUUCCUCCUCCUGAUGCUUCUGCUACCCUUAAUUUUUGUUGUUACAUAGCGCUCUCUGCCGCCUUGUCAUGGUUGCUUUUCAGAGUGGCGAAGAUCGCAUGGCCGGGCCCGUCAGAAUCCCGGGCCAGCGUUCCUCCCGGAAACCGAGGGCUGCCGUUGAUCGGAGAAACCUUGCAGUUCAUGGCCGCCCUUAACGGCAGCAAAGGCUUCUAUGACUUUGUAAGGGUUCGCAGCCUCAGGCACGGAAACUGCUUCAAAACCAGCAUAUUUGGGGAGACCCAUGUGUUUGUUUCGAGCACUGAAUCAGCGAAGGCAAUCUUAAACAACGAUUCGGGAAGGUUCACGAAGAGAUACAUAAGGUCGAUUGCAGAGAUUGUGGGAGAGGAAAGCCUGCUGUGCGCUUCUCAGCAGCAGCACAGGCUGAUUCGCGGCCGUCUCGCCAGCUUGUUCUCCACAAGUUCUUUGGGGCAUUUCAUCAAACAGUUUGAUGGGCUGAUUGUCAGCGCACUUGAUUCCUGGGAGCACAAAGGCACUGUCAUUGUCCUUCAGGAGGCACUCAGGAUAACCUUCAAGGCCAUGUGCAAAAUGCUGAUCAGUUUGGAAGGAGAAGAGGAAGACAUGUUGGAAGAGGAUGUGGGGCUUGUUUGUGAAGCAAUGCUUGCCUUCCCAUUGAGGCUGCCCUGGACUAGAUUCGGCAAGGGCCUCCAGGCAAGAGCAAGAAUCAUGGGGAGACUGGAGAAGACGAUCAAUGAAAGAAGAGGAUUAAAGGAAGCUCAUUAUGAAGACUUCCUGCAGCACCUUCUAAUGGAGGAUGGGAAAGACUAUAGUGAUGGUGGUGAAGCCCCUCCAAUGUCUGAUGCACAGAUUAAAGAUAAUAUCUUAACCAUGAUCAUUGCAGGAUUGCGGGCUAUUGUAAGUGCAGGCCAGGACACAACUGCCAGUGCAAUUACAUGGAUGGUCAAGUACUUGGACGACAACCAAGAAGUCCUUCACACCCUUAAGGCUGAGCAACUCUCCCUGGCAGAAAGAUCUUCAUCCAAGACAUUCCUUGCACUGGAAGAUCUCAAUGACAUGCCCUAUGCUUCUAAGGUUAUCAAAGAAUCAUUAAGGAUGGCAUCUAUAGUCCCAUGGUUCCCAAGAUCAGCACUGGAAGACACUGAGAUCCAUGGAUACAAGAUCAAGAAAGGAUGGAACAUUAACAUUGAUGCUAGAUCAAUACACCUUGAUCCCACAGUUUACAAUGAUCCAAACAAGUUCAUUCCUUCCAGAUUUGAUGAUGAAUCAAAACCCUACAGCUUCUUAGCUUUUGGACAAGGGGGAAGAACUUGCCUUGGGAUGAACUUGGCUAGAGCUAUGAUGCUAGUGUUUCUCCACAGACUUGUCACCACUUACAAGUGGCAGGUGAUCGAUCAAGAUCUGAGCGUCGAGAAGUGGGCACUGUUCUCGAGGUUAAAAAGUGGUUGCCCUAUAACCGUUAACCGGAUUAAGGAGGACUAAUUGCACCCCCCCCCACCCCCAUAAGCACAAACGGGAAGCUAGUUGCUGAUGAAGAAAUAAACUGUAAGGACAUGAGACAAUAAUUGCAGCUUUCACCUACUGGUUAUACAUGAAUGAGUUAUAUAUAUUAUUGUCAAGGCAGGGAAGGUCCUUAAUUCAUAUAUCUAAUGUUAUAUAUCUAUCACCAGAACACGUUACAACCCCCAAAAUAUAGACAGGAUAUGUGUCCACCCUUAGUCUCUGGGCAAAGGACAACCCCACCAAAGUUGACACUUCCAAAAGUAUCUCUCUUUUGCCUUCUUGUAUGGGAAAUAGCAAAUUAUGUCCAAUCUUUUGCUGAUGGUAAAAUAUUGGGAUAGUGCAAAUCUACAGGAUGACUUGGUUUUUCC